CUAUCCUUAUUACUGAAGACUGAACAAGUUACAGUUCGCUGUUUUGAAGGUCAAAACACACACACAAUUCUGUUGUAUGUACGGUGUUUGAAGUUCACCCACGCUUUCCGUUUGCAUUCAUCCCACUGAUUUGUAUAAUAAACCUUCUCAGUUUUAAUGGGCGUCGGAAAGGGGAUCAAACGCCAGCGGAAUGGUGUUCAGUUUAAAUUAGAUAUAAAAGUGAAAGAGAAAAUGGAACGAGACAAACUUUUUCUCUGGAAAUCACCUUUACUUACACCGUAUUAUUUCUUCUUGGAGUGUAUAUUCAGAUUUACCCAGCUGCGUUUUACUGUUUUACAAAACAAAACUAGGUGUGUUUUUGCUAUCGGCAUAAUUUUACUACUGGUUUUUCUGGACUGUUUCGAAGGUCCUCAUUCUCAUAGUUUUGACCGCAUAAAAUCUACCUCCUUAUGGUGGUCGUGGUGGGUUUGGCUCGGAUUCCUAUCAUCAUGUGGAUUUGGUACUGGUCUACACACUUUUGUUUUGUAUCUAGGUCCGUUUAUAGCAGAAGUCACCAUGAGCGCAUAUGAAUGUAAAACACUUGAUUUUCCUCGUCCACCUUACCCGGAUAGAAUUGUAUGUCCGGAUAGAAUUGUAUGUCCGGAUAAUCUAAAUCCUUUUGAAAAAAUUACAUUUUGGAAAAUUAUGCGAAAGGUGCAAAUGGAGUCAAUCAUGUGGGGCUUAGGGACUGCGCUUGGCGAAUUGCCUCCUUAUUUCAUGGCUCGAGGUGCUAGGCUUUCCGGAGAAUACAGUGAUGAAUUAUUGGAUUCACAGGAAUCCAUCUCGUCGAAUCAAAAUACUCCUGAUCUUUCAGACCAAACAGUUACUUUUCAAAAGAAAGCUGAACGUUUUCUGCAUCAUCUAAUCAUGAAAGCUGGUUUUGUUGGAAUUUUACUUUGUGCUUCCCGCACAGAUAGUUUCAUGAAACAUUUGGGUGAUGAAAGUGACCCAGCUGAGUUGUUUCCUAUUGAAUUUCACCGGGAUGGUCUCGUUUCUUGGAAAGAUUAUGUAACGUAA